AUGGCACGAAAGCGCCAUCGUGAAUACUUGGCAGAUAUUCCCCAAUGCGGGAUCUGUUCAACUACCGUUUACCAGCAUGAAAAGAUCAUAGCGCUCUGCGGUAAUUACAAUUCGACCGCGCAUAUCGCUCUCACGGAACCAUUUGCCAGGUACCCGUUAAAAGACUUCGACGUAUAUAUGAGGGAGAGAUAUGAAACCAGCUUUGCCGACGACAACUCUCCAAACCACGCCACAUCGCCUGAGUUUUGUGCGAUGCACUUGGGUUGCUACCAGAUAGUUCAACAGGUAGGCCAUGUUGCAGAUGAAGAGUCUUUGAAUAGGCUCUGGAUUCUAACGGCAUGGAAAAAUCCUUGGCGCGGAAUGGAGCGCCUUCGUCUAUCAAAUGAUAUAAUCGACGACGAAGUUCUUGAGAAGACCGCUCGAUUCGGUGGGAUACCGCUACUCUGUUCAUUACCCAGAGAAAUCAUUCAUAUGAUCAAACGAUACUCUGAGGAUUCUGUAUUCUGGAGGUGUAUGAUGGCGAUUCGACUUGCAGCCUGGAUUUCUCGGACCAGCCCGCAGCCCGUCCGAGCUAUGCCAUUGAGAAGCGUCUUUUCGUGGGAGCGCAACGGAGAGUUGCGUCGCAUUGAGCCUUUAUCACCGCCACUACCAGUUAUAAAAUUGACUAUAGAUUGUGAAGGCAUUCGAAAGAUGGAGCGGCUUCCGACUCGGCCACAGUAUUCCGGACGGUGGUCAAGGCCUGCCAAGCACCUUGCCUAUAUUGUUGAAGAUGAGGCAUCCCUCGAAGGAGUAAAAGUACAGUUAAAGGACGGCCGUUUCCGCCUCAAGCUACCUCGACAAUUGCGCAACGUCCGCCUCCACGUAUGGAACAGCCCAACACCUCCCAACUUAUCGCUCUGUAUGGUAUAUCCGAAAAAGAUAAUGCCAAUACAGCGCUUUAAUGUCGUUGAGUUGAGUGAAAUACGAGGAAUCACAUUCUAUCUCAAUACUACCGUUGUAUUGGCUAUGCAUAUCCACCUUACAGAACAAGAAUCCACCCUUUGGACAGAUAAAGCUGUCUUGGAAGAGAAACGUCCUGAUGCUAUCUUUUCAGAGCCUAUUAGGGUGUAUCUGCCUUUACCAAAGGGUGACCGGAUAACCUACCUCGGCGCUAAUGGAUCAGAUGAUCGUCUAAAUGUCAUAUUUGUGAGAAUGGAAAAAGCCGGCGAUAUCACCAUUGGACAGCGUCAACCAGGCACCGGUGAAGACAAGGUUCUGGCAGCGCAGAGCUCUGUCUCAUUGGUUUACUGCGAGCCAAACAAAAGAGAGAUGUUGCCUUUCUUUGGUGCAUAUCAAGCAUCCCCAGCAACAUUGGAUGUCGCUAGCCGCCCGAUAUUCGCUGAGAUUGGUGCAAACCGGAUGGGCCGAUUCACUUAUUACUCCUGGGCCAGUUUGGAUGGAGUUUCUUCUGUUAGGAUAUUUUACGAGGAUGAUUUCGAAUUUUGCCGAGGACUCAUGUUCUACUAUGAGAAUGGUGCGAGUCGUACAGUCGGAGACUGUCGUGUUCAGAUAGAUCGGGAGGCGACUGUGGACAAACCAACCCAAAUCUGUUUCCGAACCAAGGUUCCCGAGAGUGAAAAUGGCGAAAAUGGAAUAGGAACGGUUUGCAAAUUACGGGUGGAGUUUGAGCAUCACAAUGGACAUGAUGAACGCUGGCACUGUCUUCCUUUCAGGGGGAUCAUACGAUUUUGGAUUGCAGGAGGAUUCUCGUGGCUGUCUGUCGAGCAAUAA